AUGGACGUGUCGGCUGGUCGUGUGCCCACCAGUGGAGGACGUAAGUCGUACGUCCCCCCGCGCGCACUCGAGACCCACGAGAUCCCGCUCAUUGUGGAGGACUACAAGAAGGCGGCAGAGAACGCCCUGGCCGCAGGUUUCGAUGGUGUCGAGUUGCACUGCGCCAAUGGAUACCUCAUUGAGCAGUUCCUGCAGGACGGCAUCAACGACCGCACCGACAAGUACGGCGGGUCGGUGGAGAACCGCGCGCGCUUGCUGUUCGAGGCUCUGGACGCGAUCCUGGAGGUCGUGGACUCGAGUCGCGUGGGCAUCCGACUGGCCCCGUACGGCAUGAGCUUCGGCCAGUUCGAGUCCGACCCCGUCGGCAUGUACGGCCACGUGCUCAAGAGGCUGAACGACUACCACCUGGCCUACGUCCACCUCAUCGAGCCGCGCGCGUUCGAGUUGCACGAGAACCCGAACGCGCCGACGGACGGAUCCAUGGUGCGCACCUUCCGCGAGAUCUACGACGGCGUGAUGCCGACGGCCUCGGGCUACGACCGCGCGUCGGCCAUCCAGGCCGUGGACAGCGGCGACGCCGACAUGGUGGCGUUCGGCCGCUACUUCAUCUCGAACCCGGACCUGGUCAAGCGUCCGGAGAUCGACGCGCCGUUGAAUCCGUACAACCCAAAGACAUUCUACGCGCCAGGCGAGACGGGAUACACCGACCAGCCGUUCCUGGAAGAGGAAAAGACGGCGCUGUAG